AUGCCAAUCACACCACGCGUUUUCUCAGCAAGUUACCCGGGGAUCGCUUCGGCAAAGAUCCACAGCGUGACCGCGUCGCGCUCGCGCGGGGUCACCGCCGAUACGAUCAUCGUUCGAGUAGGCGGAUUCGGUGAGACUCCCAGCUACAAGGGCGACUUAGUGAUCACCGACUCCGGCGGCGACUCGAUCACGUUCGCCGAUUGCGCCCUCGAAGCGGUGGAGGUAAGUCUCGGCGGCGGCGGAAGCGCGAUUGGCCACGUGUUCACGUUCUACGAUCGGCGGUGGCGGUGGCAGUUCGGCGCGGUCAUCGGCAAGUACAACAUUCGUAAACCCGACGAGUCGUUGUACCGCGAGAGGAACCCGCGGGAGUUGGCGACGCUGCUGCUUGAGGCGAUGGGCGAGACCGGCUUCGAUGUGACGGCUCUGCCGCUCGAACCGCGACCAGAAGUCGAGUGGCGUAGCAGCAACCCGGCGGACGCCUUGGCCUCGCUGGUCUCAGAGUACGGUUGCGACGUGGCGCUCAUCGAUGACGAUGUAGUGAUCGUGAAGGUCGGCGAAGGCGAGGGGCUGCCGACUCUGGCCGACUCGUACGACGUGACGGUCGCCGGCGACUUUGCGCAGCUCCCGGGACGGAUCGUCGUGGAAACGGGGCCGGUUCUGUACGAGUCGGCGUUCCUACUCGAGGCGGUUGGAAGGCAACCCGACGGGACAAUCGUGCCCAUCGAGGAUUUAACCUACAAGCCAGUGAGCGGGUGGGGCUUUGCGGCCGAUGGCUACUUCCUCAACGUCACGGGCAAUCACAAUCGCUCGCUCGCGGCGGCCGAUGUCUACAAGCUCUACCGGAUCAAGGACGUGGUCGACGGCGGCGGCGUCAACGGCCUCAACCCUAUCGGAUACAGCGAGACCCUGUUUGACGUUCAGGAAAUUGAGCAGCUACUCCCCUUACGGUCGACGCUCGCGAAACAGGCGUACGCUUCGGGCGGAAUCGCCAUCGAGCAAUCAGCCUACGUCGAAGGUCGCUGGUCGGAGUACAGCUCCCAGGACAAACCGCCGCCGCCCGCGAACAGACGCCGAGACGACUUCACCAUCGAUGGGGCCAGGGGGCUCGUCCGCUUCCGCGAGCCAGCAGUUAUUCUCGCCGGAUCGACCAUUGAGGAUCUGCAUUACACUCCGGCCGAAGUCUAUUUAGUUACCUCGCACCCUGUUCAGAACCCGGGGACUGGACUGCCGGUCGUUUACGGCAAAUUCGAGCUCAAUAGCGAUCCGAACGCAGGCACCGGCGACGCCGUCAGCAGCCGUGAUCGCGCUAGCCUCCGAUACGUGAUCAACUUCACGAUCGAUGAAGAGACCGGCGUCGCCACGGCGACCGCUGACAGCGACAACAAGGCCGAGAUCGACGAGGAGCUCGACUACUACCUCGCGGCGAUGGCCGAGGAGUACUCGACGCUGGCGAGCGGCGAGGCACGCUGGGCGGGCUUCCACGCCAUCGAGUUGGCCGGAGACAUUCCGCGAAUCGCUUGGGAUGGCGGCCCUGGCUACAUGUGGACGACGGCGGCGCUCAACAGCGAGCCCGACCCGUACCUGCCCGACUGGCGCGAAGCCCGCUUAGAGGCGAAGAGGCGAUUCGAGGCGGAGAACGCCAAGCGUCGUCAGGCAAUGCUCGAAGCCAUCGGAUCCGGCCAGGUAUCGAGUUGCGAUCCGGCGGGAGAGAAAUACGGGCGGCCCGGCGGGCCAGAACUGCGCCGCAAUCUGCGCCACCCUUCGACUGACCUGGAGAAGCCCGAUGGCCAAGAAAUCGAAACGAGCUACAUCGCGCCGGAGCGUCUCUACACCCGCGACGGCUUCACGCGGGCGGCGGGUCUGACUCUGACGCGGCUGAAUGAAGCGCGGCACGACCGCGGGUUGGCGCCGGACUGGCUGAUGAUCGGGGUGAAGCCGUUCAUUCGCGACAAGGACGCUAUCGAGUUCCGCUCGCAACUUACUGCUGUCGAAGCUGCCGAGAAGGAACGCCGCUACAGCGCCGAGUGA